AUGGAACAAGAAUUCGAUCCAAAUAAUGACUUUAUUGCAUAUGCUCAGAAUAUAUUUAAUAACAUCAGAAAUCCAAACUUCUUUGUAGAAAGCGAGGAGCUAAAAUACGCUCCAUCUUUUGAAGAUCUCGAGAAAACUUAUCCAAUUCCAGAUUCUUACAAAAAUCAAGAUUCUGGGCAAGCUCAGGGCUUCGAUGAAGCUGGUGCCAAGCAGAAGAUUCAGCAGCUAGAAGCUGGAGAAUUCCUUUGCCAGCAAAUUCCACCUGGUUACACAGAUGAUGUCGAAGCAAGCAAAGAUAACCAACUAUUCGCUUGGAUCAACGAACAGAAAUUCACACCAUCAUAUAACUCUCCAUUCGAAGAUAUUAAGUCCGAAAGAAUUCUCCAUGUCGAAAAAGAAGGCCGCAGUGAUACAUUCAAGAGCAUCAACGAUGCAAUUGAAGCUUCACUUCCAGGUGAUGUUAUUAUGAUCGGAAAAGGAGUUUACGAAGAAUCCGUCGUAAUUACAAAGCCAAUUGAACUUAAAUCAGAAUCCGAUGCUAUUAUUGAAUCCAGCAGGUCCGAUGCCAUCAUUCUGAAUACAUCUGUGGCCAGAAUCCAUGGUUUAACCAUCAGAUGCGAAGCUCCAGGUGAUACUUAUUGUUUGAAGGUUCUUACAGGCUUCCUUGAAGUCACCAACUGCAACAUCCAAGCUCACUGCUCAGCAUCUUUCCGCACUGACCAAAAUACGAAGAUUUUGGCCCAAUCUUGCAAAGUUCAAUCCAUGAACAAGCAUACGUCAUUAGCCAACGAUUCUCGUUCUGUUUUUGCCAACUGCGAAUUUUCUCUCAUACAAUCUUCGGAUGAAAGAGAAAAGAAAGAAACACAAUCAGAAUCUUCGGCCAAACUUCUUAUCGGCGAUUACGCUACCGGCAUUUUCGUUGAUUGCAAGUACUUCAAGACAAUCAUUACCUUCCAAAGCUAUUCCCAAGGAAUGGUAAAAGGAAGUACAUUAGAGAGACUUCCUGUUGCCAUCACCGUACUGGAAUACGCUCAGAUCCUUAUAUUAGAAUGCACCUUCCAGAACUUCGUCGAUUCAUGCAUUGCCCUGAGUCCAAGUUCUUACGCGAUUAUUCAGAAAUGUGAGUUCUCCAACAACAAUAGCGCCAACAUCUCUGCACAAAACGCAAUCAACUUCAUCAUUACAGACUCAAGAUUCUACAAUAAAUGCAUUGUAGGCGUCAGAAUGUUCGAAAAUGCACAAGGUACGAUUACUAACACUACUUUCGAGGAUAUCGAUACAGCCAUUCAAGUAGAAUCGAGAUGCAGUAUUACGAUUGGUCACUGCAAGUUCUUAAGGUGCGAAAAACCAGCAAUUAACGCAUAUCACGAUGUUGUUGAUUCGUUCUCCUUAAUUAAGGUCUACAGUUGCGAAUUUACUGGUAACAGGUGCGGAUGUGCCUUCUUAAGAGGUAUUCACAGUAAUAUCUCAAAUUGUGUCUUCUCUUCUACUCAAAUCGACUUCAAGAUAGGAUCUUCUGGCUCAGAAGCCACCGAUGAAAACAAUUUGAAGAUCCAGUCCAUCGUAGUUAUCAACGAUUCCGAAUUUGGCGUAAUUACAACGAACAGCCGCGAUGCUAAGGAAAUGUCCACCGUUAAUGCCUCCAUUAUGGUCUCAAAUGAUGCAGUUUUAUCUCUUACAGGCUGUACAUUCUCAUCUAAAUAUAAGAAUACGAUUACCUGUGGCGAUUCCUCAAUCUGCAACCUCACGAGAUGCACAGUAUCAUCUCUCCAAUGCUCCAUGAGAGUUCAGAACAAUUCCAAGGCCGUAAUCGAAAAAUCCGUUGUUGGUUACACUGCAAGCCUCCAAAGUAAUCGUGUUGCACGCUGCAGCAAAUGCAUCGAAAUCCUGGAUAACGCGCAAGUCUCUCUCGAUAACUCCGAAUUACAAAGCGCAAGUUGUGCGAUUACCAUGCAAAACUCUUGCAGUUUGACGGCCAAGAACAAGACAAAGAUCUCCAAGGCUCAAAUGGGUAUCUACGCUCAGGAUAAAUCCAUAAUCCAACUUGAUGAUACUUCAUUUGAAGAUAUCAUGUCCACAUCAUUGAAGGGAUCCAGCAGCGAAGAGCGCGACCAAUCAGUUUCAAUCUGCCUGAAGGGAAACAGAGAAACAAAGGAAUGCCCGAACUUAUACGUCGCCAGAUGCGAUUUCAACCACCCAGGACAGAACGCGAUCAAAGCUGAAUGGAUAUUCGGAGACAGUAUCCAAAUCCUCGAAAGCACGUUCAGAAUUGGUACAACAGCGAACAAGAGACUUAAUUCUUAUAUCUCCUUGACUUUCAUCGAAGGAGCUUUGAUCGAUAAGUGCAAGCUCCUCAAUGGAGAUAACUCUAUUGAAAUAACUACAUGCGGAAAUAGCCAGGAACAGAAAUGUGUCACAAUCACUGGUUGCGAGUUCAGUAUGAUGAAACGUGCUGGAAUUUUUGUUACAGAGUCUCUAGUUAAUAUAUAUGGAAACAAUUUCAACGAAAUGGUCAACUGCGUCAUCGCAAAGUCUUCAAUGGGAUAUAUCUGUCAAUGUAACUUCAGUAAGAUCAAAUCGAAGGAUCUGGAAAUAGAUCAGAACUCACAGUUCCAAAUAAUGGGUAACAAGAACUUCUAA